AUGGCCUUAAUUUGUUCUACUCGGGCACUAGUUACCUUUGCUUAUAGGGAGAGUAACAGGGUAGCUGAUUGGAUGGCCAACCUGGCCUGUGAUACUGGUUCCUCUAUCAGUUUCCACGUUGGCAGCCGGCUGCCGGGUGAUCUGCAGCGUAUUCUUCGAGAGGACAGGGCUGCUCAUCAUUGCAUUUGUGAUUUGUCACACUUAAUACUAAUACCCCUACUGUUAUGGUCAUCACUCAUCAGUACUAUUUCCGAUAAGAGAUCUGAUCAAUUACCGCUAGUGUUGCCUAAAGGCAUUUGGUUACGCUUCGAUUUUAAUGACUCACAUCCGGACUUACCCACACUGUAUCUGCAAGGUGGAUCAAUUAUUCCUGUGGGUCCUCCUCUUCAGCACGUUGGUGAAGCAAAUCUAACAGAUGAUUUAUCCCUAAUUAUCGCUUUAGAUGACCAUGGCAAAGCUGAAGGUGUUCUCUUUGAGGAUGAUGGUGAUGGAUAUGAAUUCAGCAGAGGGGGAUACCUAUUAACAUAUUAUGUUGCUGAACUUCAAUCUUCAGUUGUUACUGUUAAAGUUUCUAGAACUGAAGGAUUAUGGAAGAGGCCAAAACGUCGUCUGCAUGUACAAUUAUUGUUAGGUGGAGGUGCAAAGCUUGAUGUAUGGGGCAUCGAUGGAGAGGUAGUGCAAAUUAUAAUUCCUUCAGAAUCUGAGGUGUCUCACCUAAUAUCCUCAAAUGAGGAACUAUACCGGGCUCAUAUGGAAAGUGCAAAGUGUAUUCCAGGUAUAGAAGAGGUUUCAGAACAAAAGGGAAUUGACCUUUCAAGAAUGCCUAUCGAACUGAAAGGUGGUGAUUGGAUUCUUAAAGUGGUUCCAUGGAUCGGUGGUAGAAUGAUCUCCAUGACGAAUUUUCCUUCUGGAACUCAAUGGCUUCAUAGCAGGGUUGAAAUGGAUGGGUAUGAAGAAUAUAGUGGCAUUGAAUACCGCUCUGCUGGAUGUUCCGAGGAAUACACUGUCCUUGAGUGUGAUCUUCAGCAGGCAGGAGAAGAGGAAGCACUUAAAUUGGAAGGAGAUAUUGGAGGUGGAUUACUGAUUGAACGUCAGAUAUCUAUUAAAAAAGAUAAUCCUAGGGUUCUCCAUAUUGAGUCCGGCAUUGUAGCUCGCCAAGUUGGUGCUGGUUCUGGUGGAUUUUCCAGGUUGGUUUGCUUGCGAGUUCACCCAACAUUCAGUUUAUUGCACCCUUCGGAGUCUUUUAUCUCAUUUGUUGCUAUAGAUGGGACCAAGCAUGAAGUUUGGCCAGAAUCUGGUGAAUUAUUCCUUGAAGGAGACCUGCGGCCUAACGGGGAAUGGAUGCUCGGGGAUAGAAGCUUGCAUUUGGGUCUGGUGAACCGAUUUAAUGUCAAUGAGGUUUUUAAGUGUCUUAUCCAUUGGGGAACAGGAACGGUGAACAUGGAACUGUGGUCUGAAGAGAGGCCAGUUUCCAAAGCAUCCCCUCUGAGAAUCUCUCAUGAGUAUGAGGUGAGAGAAAUCUCAUAGUUUAAGAUUCUGGAGGCCCCCUGCCCCACUCUUUACUCGGAGAUGUUGUAUGUCAAAAGUUGGAUAGCAAACAUAUUCAGUAUGAACUCACUGAGAGCCGAUGUAAUUCCAUUUCUUGGCAAUGGUAUGGGUCACUCAUGGUUGGAACUC